CUGUUGCUGGUUUUUUUUUUGUAUUCGUGGAUUUCCUUUGACAUUCCAGUGAAAUAGAACGUUUGAUCUAGAACUGACCAAUGAGGACUAAACGGACAUUUGAUUACGAUAACCAAUAUAUGUGUAAUAUCAAUGAUACGUAUUCUUCACGGUGGAUCAUUUGAUGUUUGGUAAAGCUUUAUACGUGUUACUUACUAAUGACAUCAUGUUUUCUAAAGACCAUUUGGAUACUGCUGAGUGUACGUAAGAGAGAAGAUUCGCGCUAUAAUCGCCUACAUCUGACACGUUGAACUGUGAAGUUGAAACAUUCAUUAUCAAGAUAAACAUCUCCUAACUUAGAGAACCAAGAAGACGCUAAUAGGAACACGAAUGUAUUCUUGACUUCUCAGAUCAAAGUAUUGUGUGGUAACAAAUUAGUCUGUAAUUUAAAUACAUUUGGUGAAGCUCAUAUCAAGGUGUACAACUUUUGCUUAAAACAUUUGUAAUACAUUGACACAGAAGGAUUUUGAGAUACUCGUCAAUGAAGCGACAUCAAAAACGGUUUUAGUUCACAAUAAAAAAAAAAAAAACAUUCAGUUUUAUUAAGCCAGUGAGCAGAUAAAUAUAGCCAUCUAGUGGAUUUGACUGCCAGGUCUGGACACAUUGACAGGCAGGUAAAAGACAGGUAGAAUCAAUACUGUUUUGUUGAUCGCUGACGUACAAUCAAUAGGUAUUGUAAACAUGACCCCAGUACCCAGGUACAGACUGAAGAUUUUAAUCAAAAUGUCAAGCUUAUGUUGGUACUGAACAAUAAGACAAGCUGGUUGAGUACUACUGAAAGGCCAGUGGGCAGUCUUGGCUAGCAGGUCAGUGGGCAGUCUUGGCUACCGGGGACGGAAAGUUGACAUCAAUAUUGAAACGAUAAGGGAGAUCACUAAUGUAGCGAUCACAAUCCCUACCCAAAUGUUAAGAAACCGAAGAUUUCCUGUUUGGAUUUAGAAACAAACUGAUCAAAGAAGCAAGACAAAAAUACGUUGUGAAUAGUGAGCUGACAUUGACAGGGGGAGAUCAUGAGAGAUAAUCGGCGCAGGAUGGGAGUGUGGACAGAAUUUAUCUCCCUUUUCUUCAUGUUGUACAUCAUAGAUCUGACAGAGCUGAUGACUCUGGAGCCAAGUUUUGACACCCCAAUGGCUAACGUCACAGUGAAAGAAAUGGCUACGGCCAUCUUACCUUGUUCCGUCAAGUUCAUCGGAAAACACCAGGUUGUCUGGACUGACCAGCUGUCUACACUGCUGACCUUCGAGGACCGUAGAAUUAUAGACGAUGAAAGGCUGAGUGUUGAGCGUCCAUUUAUCAAAGACUGGAAUCUCCACAUCCGAGAAGUCAAGCACAAGGACCAGGGCUUGUACAACUGUCAGAUCAACACUAACCCUGUCAAGAUCAAAACUGUGUAUCUACGAGUUCAAGUUCCGGCUAAGAUUUUGAACAACGCCUCCACGGAUGCCAUAAUUGCUCGAGAGGGAGCCACUGUGACCAUCGUCUGCAACGCCAGCGGCAUCCCGCCUCCCACCAUCACUUGGCACCGCAUCAGCAGAAGCGACAAGGUUGAAGAUAAAAAGAGUGAGUCCUUCUGCCAUGGCACAAAUACCAUUGGCUCCACGGGGGAAAUUCUCAUCAUCUACAACGUGAGCCGCCAUUGUGGAGGGAUCUACGAGUGUGUCGCCUCAAACGAUGUUCCUCCGGCGGUCAACAAACUUAUUAGAGUUAAUGUCGAAUUCCCACCUGAAAUCUAUUUGCCAAACUCUGAGCUUGGUCAUGACGUGGGCAAAGAGACAGUUCUGGAGUGUAGCAUCACCGCCAACCCUCAAGCUACUGCCUAUUGGAAGAGAAACGGAACCGAGCUUAAGACCACGAGCGGCAAGUUUCGUAUUGAGCCGUACACCGAUGAUGGCGCCCAGACAAUGAUCCUGAGUCUACGCAUCAUGGUCAUUGACAAGGAAGACUUUGGAAUCUACUCGUGUGAAGCUUCCAACAAACUCGGCAGUGCUGCAGAGCAAAUGACUUUUUACGAACUCUCUGAACGUCGACGACAACUCUUCGGCACGACCACAGUCACCACGACCCCCAGGAUGACGACAGCUGUCACAGUCCGACGUGUGGAAACAUUACCGCCCAAACAUCACCAUCUGGUGUACCCAGAUCCUCACGCCUCCAGCAACGUGGUCAAGGACAAGCACCAGACAUACGGACAACAUAAUGGCAAGAAAACUGAUUUCAGUAACUCGAGGUCUGAUUCAGGUUGCUCAGAUGUGGCGCCAGUCGGAAUUCAUUACGUCAUUGCUACGGUCGUAUGUCUAGUUUUGCACACAGUUAGCCUCAGAGGUUCUCAUUACUCUCCGCCCCAGCAUUCGUGACGACGGAAUCACUCAGCAAGAUGAAAACAAACAAACAAACAGUUUCUCAUGACGUCAUCGCCGUUAUUGUUCGCCUCAUAAACAGUACAGAUCACGUGACUGUCAUUUCAAGUACAAGACUCUACGAAGGCAAUGCAACGAUUCCUAGAUCUCGGUUUAAGUGUCUGUACAUAGUUCUUGAAGAGUUCACACCUUCAGUUCGAGGGAAUAUGUUACACCAGCAAAGACCAAAAACUCUUUUUUUUUCAUUGAUAUAUUGUUGAAGACAACUAAUGACAUUUUUCUUUCAUAAAAAAAUUGUCAGUUGUUCCAUUGUCGUGUUAAUUUUUUAAAAAAAUGAUUUUGAUUCGAAUCUGGUUUUAUUAUAUGCUCUGCUUAUUUUGUCCUCUUAACAAUGUCUGUAGCUUUGAAACAGAGUCUGGUUGUUGUUGAAGCAGUGUCUUGUUUGUCUGCAAUCAUGUGAUAUGUCAACUUCUGUGGCAUUCGACAAAACGGGUGGAUUGACAUGUCUUGUCAUCGCUGUUUAUGUUGUCAUCUGAACUUUUGGCCUCUGACCUCUCAACUUUUUCAGUUUGUCUCUUUUUCUAUGACUUACUUCUUUAUUGUUAUGUUAUCGAAUAUGCCAAGAAAGCUAUGAAAAGCGAAAGAACAUGGGCCUCAGCCCUGGAAGAAGAAAUGGCCAGCUCCUCUACCACCGAAGCAAACGCCACCAUAACCUGCGAUAUUUGUGGAUGGGAGUGUCUCUCCAAAAUAGGGCUCCACAGCUUCAAGAGGAAGUGUGCGAGAUGAACCAUAGUCGUUCUACGACUGAAAGAGACAAAUGAAUGAAUGAAUGAUCUAAUAUGCUAUAUCUAAUAACUUACAGACGUUCCUUAUAAACAAUCUCAGGCCCUAACCCAUAUCCAAUAUGUUCAAUAUAUACAUGUCAAGCUUCUUCGCUGUACAUCUCUCUCAAAUCUUCCUUUUAAACUGAAACUUGACCUGGGUUCAAUUUAUACAUUUAAUCCUUAAGUCAACUUUGAAUUAGUCAUGUGUACACCAUCAUUGCAACUUCUGUUAAGUUCCCCCUGUAUAUUACAGAUGACCUUUCUGGGUGCCAGUUUUUUCUGCCGGGUCAUUUUUACAAUCUGUGAGUUCGACUGACCUAGUGGACGUUAAAGACUGGUAACACAAUAGUAGACUUGACUGAUCUUGGAGACAUUAUAGACUAGUGCCACAAUAGUAGACUUGACUGAUCUGGGGGACAUUAUAAACUAGUAACACAAUAGUAGACUUGACUGAUCUUGGAGACAUUAUAGACUAGUGCCACAAUAGUAGACUUGACUGAUCUUGGAGACAUUAUAGACUAGUGCCACAAUAGUAGACUUGACUGAUCUUGAAGACUUUAUAGACUGGUAACACAAUAGUAGACUUGACUGAUCUUGGAGACAGUAUAGACUGGUAACACAAUAGUAGACUUGACUGAUCUUGGAGACAUUAUAAACUAGUGCCACAAUAGUAGACUUGACUGAUCUUGGAGAUAUUAUAGACUGGUAACACAAUAGUAGACUUGACUGAUCUUGGAGACAUUAUAGACUGGUACCACAAUAGUAGACUUGACUGACCUGGAAGACAUUAUAGACUAGUGCCACAAUAGUAGACUUGACUGAUCUUGGAGACAUUAUAGACUAGUGCCAUAAUAGUAGACUUGACUGACCUGGGAGACAUUAUAGACUAGUGCCACAAUAGUAGACUUGACUGAUCUUGGAGACUUUAUAGACUGGUACCACAAUAGUAGACUUGACUGACCUGGAAGACAUUAUAAACUAGUGCCACAAUAGUAGACUUGACUGAUCUUGGAGAUAUUAUAGACUGGUAACACAAUAGUAGACUUGACUGAUCUUGGAGACAUUAUAGACUGGUACCACAAUAGUAGACUUGACUGACCUGGAAGACAUUAUAGACUAGUGCCACAAUAGUAGACUUGACUGAUCUUGGAGACAUUAUAGACUAGUGCCAUAAUAGUAGACUUGACUGACCUGGGAGACAUUAUAGACUAGUGCCACAAUAGUAGACUUGACUGAUCUUGGAGACUUUAUAGACUGGUACCACAAUAGUAGACUUGACUGACCUGGAAGACAUUAUAGACUAGUGCCACAAUAGUAGACUUGACUGAUCUUGGAGACAUUAUAGACUAGUGCCAUAAUAGUAGACUUGACUGACCUGGGAGACAUUAUAGACUAGUGCCACAAUAGUAGACUUGACUGACCUUGGAGACAUUAUAGACUGGUAACACAAUAGUAGACUUGACUGAUCUUGGAGACAUUAUAGACUGGUAACACAAUAGUAGACUUGACUGAUCUUGGAGACAUUAUAGACUGGUAACACAAUAGUACCUUGACUGACCUGGGGAUGGUUAUAGACCGAUACCACAAGAGUAGGCUUCCCUCAUUCUGAUCGUCUUGUUAAUCUAAUCCAACUUCAUCCCCUAGUAUUCCCUUACUAGUAUCCUACCCUAGAGCUCUAUUGGUUUUAGAAAAUUAAAAUCUUUUGAGAUCUCUCUAUUUUUAAAUUCGUUUUAAAAUUUAAAAAGCCCAAGGAUCAUACAAUUAUAACCCAUUUUAAAAUAAUUAUGACAAUAACCAUGUACAAAAUAGAAAAGUACGUUUUUGAAAUGUCUAUGUAAAGUGUCACUAUCAGCAAUGUCUAUGUAAAGUGUCACUAUCAGCUAUGUCUAUGUAAAGUGUCAUUAUCAGCUAUUUCUAUGUAAAGUGUCACUAUCAGCUAUGUCUAUGUAAAGUGUCACUAUCAGCAAUGUCUAUGUAAAGUGUCACUAUCAGCUAUGUCUAUGAUAAACGUUCUUAUAUCUUUGGUUUUAUGUCUCCAGCCUACACUUUGUCUCUUGUUCAAACCAAUGUGGAAUGUAGUUUCCUAGUUCAAGACACUCUCUCAUUUUGUACUCGACAUGGUCAAAUAUCAAACUUUUCAGUCCUAGGUUUUAAACAUUCACAAUUAUUCUCGUUUCAAAAUGUUUCCCAAAUCAAAAUGUUUUUGUAUUGCUUCAGUUUUAGUUGUUCCCAACAUUCCAAACCUUUGUUUUGGUCCAAAUGGAUUCUGAUAUGGAAAGAACUACAUGACAGAUGAAUAUUUUAAAACAUUAAUUUUGCAUUUACUUGAAACUAAUCAAUGUUUUUGUUUUCUUUAUUUCUCUGCAUGCAGACAUAAAGUCUUUCUUCUUCUUGUUAUGUAGUCCAUCUUGAUCAUUUAGUUAGUUUUGUAAGUAAAUAUUUAUUGUCUGAUACUGUCUGAAUACAAACUUUGUGUGUCUGUGUAUGAUCUGUAAGUAUAUCCUUACUUUCUAUGUGUGUCUGUGUAUGAUCUGUAAGUAUAUCCUUACUUUCUAUGUGUGUCUGUGUAUGAUCUGUAAGUAUAUCCUUACUUUCUAUGUGUGUCUGUGUAUGAUCUGUAAGUAUAUCCUUACUUUCUAUGUGUGUCUGUGUAUGAUCUGUAAGUAUAUCCUUACUUUCUAUGUGUGUCUGUGUAUGAUCUGUAAGUAUAUCCUUACUUUCUAUAUGUGUAUGUGUAUGAUCUGUAAGUAUAUCCUUACUUUCUAUGUGUGUCUGUGUAUGAUCUGUAAGUAUAUCCUUACUUUCUAUGUUUGUCUGUGUAUGAUCUGUAAGUAUAUCCUUACUUUCUAUGUGUGUCUGUGUAUGAUCUGUAAGUAUAUCCUUACUUUCUAUGUGUGUCUGUGUAUGAUUUGUAAAAAUAUCCUUACUUUCUAUGUGUGUCUGUGUAUGAUCUGUAAGUAUAUCCUUACUUUCUAUGUGUGUCUGUGUAUGAUCUGUAAGUAUAUCCUUACUUUCUAUGUGUGUCUGUGUAUGAUCUGUAAGUAUAUCCUUACUUUCUAUGUUUGUCUGUGUAUGAUCUGUAAGUAUAUCCUUACUUUCUAUGUGUGUCUGUGUAUGAUCUGUAAGUAUAUCCUUACUUUCUAUGUUUGUCUGUGUAUGAUCUGUAAGUAUAUCCUAACUUUUUAUGUUUGUAAACAUUGCAACGUUUCUGUAUCAGAGGUCAACAAAAGCCAAGCUAGUUUUUCAAUAUUCGAGAUAGGUUGCCACCAAGAGCCAGUCUUGAGAUUACUAGCACUCCUUUACACUACUAAAGAAUAAAUUUGAAAGAGUAUCAAAGGGCAAUCGGGAUCCACGAUGACCUGCUGACCGCUGUAAAAACAAAAACGCAAACUAAAACUGUAUAGCCAUAUAACAAGGUCCUCUGGGCUUGCAAAGACCUUCCUGCUGGAAACGGUACCAUGGAAAGGAAGAGACAGUCCGAGAGAGCGUAGGGAAAACAACAUCAAAGAUUGUACAGUCCUGUCAUUGAAAAAAGACUCUAGUCAAGACAAAAGACAGAAACUGUCCACAAGACAAAGGAACAUACAAACGUUAAAGCUGAAGUCGCAGAAUAAAUCCUGUCCAGUUUUUAACGAUCUUGGAGUGAGGAAACAGAAUCAGUAGCUAAACACGUGACCAAUUUGAAGGGUCGCUUCACAUAUAGAGCAGUGAGCAAUACACCAUACACUUCAGCUUUUAGACAACUGUGUGAAGUUGACACAUCUCAACAUGUCUAUACUUGUAUGUUUUGUGUGUGUGUCAAUUGUUUGAAUAAAAAAUAAUGUAUGACAAUACUUUGUUAUAAAAUUUGGCUAUUGUUCCAUAUUUAGGAUUAAUAAAAUGUAUCUUACAUUAUUGAUGUUGUUCAACUUUCGAUGUAGCCGAACAUCCGAUUAGCGAACACUGAUAUUCAAAUAAAAAUGUCUUACAAAGAGAAAGGAAGAGUGCAGUAUUUCACACCAGUAGGCAGACCCAGUUGUGACAAGCACAUUUUGUCACAUCUAACGCAAAACAUUUGUCCCUCGAGGCUGACUAUGCAUAGAAAGUUGUGAAUCCUAUUAACUGUGAGAUGAAAAGAGCGAAUUAUCUAAUGAGUUUCGGAUAUCUGGUAUAAAACUAAACUUUAUGUACUUUUGGUAUAUUCCUUUAUGUCCGUUUUUUUUUAUCUUGCUUUGAAUUCAAUAAGUCUUUUGAGUGAUAAAUACUUCUUGUAUUAACAUUGACUUUGUGUAUUAUUAGUAUUAAUCCAUCUGUAUUGUGAUUCAUUACUCUUAUAGUUUGAAAUGAUGCAUCCAUAUUGUUGCUGAGUUUUGCGUGGCACGUAAAGGCGCUAAAUCAUCUGAACUCAGUUCCUAAGACACUAUUGAUAGAGUCAAUAUUUUGACCAUGUCCGCAUUGUUCAUUGUGUUUGUAUGAGAUCUACGGUCACUACUCUUGUAUUAUAUACAUUCUACUUAUAUUGUGUUUCUUCUACUCGUGUUUCUAUACUUUUGAUGUUCAAUCUACUUGUAAUAUGUUUUCAGUCCAUCUGUAUUUGGUCUAUUCCGCUUGUAAUGUGUAAGUCUGUGUUUAUUCUAUUUGUAUUGUCUUCAUUCUACGUGUCUAGUUGCUAGAGCGAUGCGGUUCACUUAGUUUUACAUUUUGACUAGAGACUUUUGUAUGUUACGUCAUAAAGUGAUGUGGUUCCGCCAUGUUGACCAUCUACUGAUUUGUACAUAUAUUAUCUCUCUCUAUAUAUUAAUGACCACAAUUUUACUGUUGACCACAUUUUAAGUCACUCUACAGAUGUGGAUACACAUUAUUCUUGCUAAAAAAAAAUACUUCCAGUGAUUUUUUUUUUAAUUAAUUGAUUUAAAAAUGUUAAAUGUUCUUUUAAAUUCCAUUCUCUAAACAGUAAAUUUUUAUCUUAAAUGUGUGUUUCUAAUAAGAUAUUACAUGAACUGAAGGUCAUCUAAGAAGUAACUUUUAUUUAGUUGAAUAGUUGUGACAUCAGUAAGAUGAAUCUUAUUGGUCCCAUCUUGUCACGUGGUUUAGUUACAGAAUUUGUCUUUGUUGUAGUUUUUUCUUUUUUUCCUGAAGUAUCACCAUGGAAACCAAAUAAACUUUCGCCUUGAACAGUCAA